GUGUCCUUCCGCGCGCAGCACGGGGGACUUUUCGGUGGGGAUUUUGGGCGCCGACCAGACGCGGCAUUUUCGGAAAAUAGCGCUCUGUGCAGCUGAAGUGCUUUGUGUGUAGAGGGGCCGCAUCAGCCCGGCCGGGUACGAGGCGUCUCGGGUCCCGCACCACCUCCUGCUGCUCCCCCGUCGCCACUCCCGAAGCUUUUCCAGAUGUCCCUGGUAGAUUUGGGAAAGAAGCUUUUAGAAGCCGCACGAGCAGGUCAAGAUGAUGAAGUUCGUAUUUUGAUGGCAAAUGGAGCUCCUUUUACUACAGACUGGCUGGGAACCUCUCCACUUCAUCUGGCAGCACAGUAUGGGCAUUAUUCCACUACAGAGGUACUACUCCGGGCUGGUGUGAGCAGGGAUGCCAGAACCAAAGUGGACCGGACACCGUUACAUAUGGCAGCUUCUGAAGGCCAUGCCAGCAUAGUAGAAGUUUUGCUUAAGCAUGGUGCUGAUGUCAAUGCGAAGGAUAUGUUAAAGAUGACAGCUCUACAUUGGGCCACAGAACACAAUCAUCAAGAGGUGGUUGAACUUUUAAUCAAAUAUGGUGCUGAUGUACAUACACAAAGUAAAUUUUGUAAAACUGCAUUUGAUAUUUCAAUAGACAACGGGAACGAAGAUUUAGCCGAGAUAUUACAGAUUGCAAUGCAGAACCAAAUCAACACAAACCCAGAGAGUCCUGACACUGUGACGAUACACGCUGCAACACCACAGUUUAUCAUUGGACCUGGAGGGGUGGUGAACCUAACAGGUCUGGUAUCUUCAGAAAAUUCAUCCAAGGCAACAGAUGAAACGGGUGUAUCUGCUGUUCAGUUUGGAAACUCAUCUACGUCAGUAUUAGCUACAUUAGCUGCCUUAGCUGAAGCAUCUGCUCCGUUGUCCAAUUCUUCAGAAACUCCAGUAGUGGCCACGGAGGAAGUAGUUACUGCAGAAUCUGUGGAUGGUGCAAUUCAGCAAGUAGUUAGUUCAGGGGGUCAGCAAGUCAUCACAAUAGUUACAGAUGGAAUUCAGCUUGGAAAUUUGCACUCCAUUCCAACCAGUGGAAUAGGUCAGCCCAUCAUUGUAACCAUGCCAGAUGGACAACAAGUAUUAACAGUACCAGCAACGGACAUUGCUGAAGAAACUGUUAUAAGUGAAGAACCACCAGCUAAGAGACAAUGUAUUGAAAUAAUUGAAAACCGGGUGGAAUCUGCAGAAAUAGAAGAGAGAGAAGCUCUUCAGAAACAGCUGGAUGAAGCAAACCGAGAAGCACAAAAAUAUCGACAGCAGCUUCUAAAGAAAGAACAGGAAGCAGAAGCCUACAGACAGAAAUUAGAAGCUAUGACUCGCCUUCAGACUAAUAAAGAAGCUGUUUAAUUGAAAUGAACACAUAGUUUGAUUUUACUUUUGGUCAAGAAAGAAUACAAUUUUGAACUGUACACAAUAUAAGUACAGUCAUGGGAAUACAGGAUAAUAGAAGAGACUACAGAUUGAUAAUUGGACUUAAGCCAUGAGCUCUGAAUUCUUGUAAAAUAAAACUUUACUUUAGAAGUUGUGAAAUGUAUUUAAAACUGAAUUCUGUAAAUAGUUUUGUUUUUUUUUACAGUUCCAAAUGAGUUGAUAAAGAUUGUUGAAGAGAUCCAAAAACACAGUAAACCACUGUUUUUGUGAAUUUUUUGAUUUUAGUAUGAACCUUAAUUUCUCAGAAACAGAACAGUUUUAAGGGUGAUCGUUGAUUAGACCAAAUGUUAUGUAAUAAUUAUGUAGUGGCCUGAUGCUGGAAUUACUCUUGUAGGUAUAAACUUCUAUAUGAAAACAAGACUUCAACGAAAUCUUUGUACAGCUUUAAGUUGUCUCAGAAUCUCUGAAAACAUUUUUUGGAAAGCAAAACUUUUAUAUUUGUUCAAUUUCCGCUAUACCAAGUAGAUUUACAUGUAUAAGAAGCAAAUAUUUUUAAAAUGUUCUGUUUGUACAUAUUCUGCAUGUUUUAUAAUUUCAAAAUGCAUCAUUUGCUUUUCUGACAAAGAUGAUAAAAGUUACCAGGAAAAAAAAGCCUUUUAUCCUAUAGGUCGCUGAAAUUAAGCAAGCUGGCAGCCUAACUUUUGAAUGACAAUGUUCUUGGAAGGAGCGCUUACAAGAUAACUUGAAUUUGCAAAACCUGCAAAAUCUAUGCUUUUUUGGAAAUUUCAUAGUGGGGACGUGAAACUAUUCUGUGCCUUCCAUCAUGAUUUCCACAUGAAAGCACUUUAAGGCACUGGAUUUCAAGAUAAUGUUUUUGGAGAACUGAAUGCAUAUGGGUUUCUGAUAUAUUUCAUGAACUCAUCCUCCUCUCCCUCCAGGAAAUUAUUCUUACAGAAAAAAAUUGUUUUUUGUACGUAGAACAAUAACUUUUUGUACUACAGUGAUGCUAUAGAUGUGUCUAACAUAACUUUUAUUUUUCCUGUGAAAGCUGUAUGUCUGUGCCGUGACUUGCUUUCCUCACAAUACUGUUAAAUUCUACAAUGUAUGGACAUUAAACUCUGACAUAUUCAUUCUUUUUUGUAAAACAUAACUUCAAGCCCUUUUUCUUGCUUUAUUUUUAAAAUGUUUUAUUGCUUUAUGAAAAUGUUUAACCCUAAAACCCCUCUAGAUUACCUAUACUGUAUAAAGAAGCAGUUACCCUUAAAACUGUACUCUGGCCUACUUUUCUAUUUUACAAUUAAAUAUCUUUUCCACAUA